UUUUAGAGAGUGUGAGAAAGAAACGGGGCGUUCCAACGAGGGUGGGCAGUAACCAGCUUAUUAUAAAAGCCUGCAGCCUCUAAACAGACAGCACCUUCUGGAAAAGGUUUCUGAUAAAAAGCUUCAAUCGUCCAGAGAGAGAAGUCCAACUUAUUCUUCAGCCAUGACUGAGAGGCGCAUCCCUUUCACUUUCCUCCGCACUCCAUCCUGGGACCCAUUCCGUGACUGGUACCAAGGCAGCAGGAUCUUUGACCAGGCAUUUGGGAUGCCAGCAGUACCAGAGGAGAUGCAUGUCUUUCCCAGCACCCACUGGCCUGGCUAUAUGCGCCCUUCCAUUGGUGCUGAUAUGGCCUCCCUGAUGCACAGUGCUCAGGUACCCCCACUUACCAUGCCCACUCCGAUAGUGCCUCAUCCAGCAGCCUAUGCCCGUGCCUUGUCACGCCAACUCAGCACCGGGUUGUCUGAGAUCAAGCAGACACAGGAUGGCUGGAAGGUAAGCUUGGACGUCAACCAUUUUGCUCCUGAGGAGCUCACAGUGAAGACCAAGGAUGGUGUGGUGGAGAUCACUGGAAAACACGAGGAGCGGAAGGACGAGCAUGGUGUCAUUUCCAGAUCCUUCACUAGGAAGUACACACUGCCCCCUAGUGCCGAUGCAGAAAAAAUCACAUCCUCACUUUCCCCUGAGGGUAUCCUGACUGUGGAGGCACCUCUCCCCAAACCCGCCAUCCAGUCCUCUGAGAUCACCAUCCCCGUCAACACGAGCAGCAGCGUCGUGCAAAAGCAGGAUGGAGCAAAGUGAUGAAGAGGAGAAGAAAUGUUUACAAGCAUGACGUUUAAGAUAGACAAGACACAAAAGACACUGUUUUACAUGCUGCACGCUCUAGUCUCAGCCUUUUCAAUGCACGCUUUAGUGUAAGACUUGGGGUUGAUGCAUUUCUUUUUUCCUCUUUGUCUUUCUUUUUGUGUGUGUGUGUGUGUCAACAUAACCAUGUGCACUGCAACCAUAUGUUAGUUCUACUGUAAUUACACACUUCCUUUGAAUAAUGGACACACACACACACACACCGUUUGCUGGCGAGAACUGAAAGCAGUUUGCACACUUACUAAUAGAGGGGUGUUGUUUUCUUUGUCACACAAACACACAAGUAGGCCUACACAGAGGGAGACAGUCUUGACACAACUCACACACCUCUGAGCCCCAACAAAGCAGUUCUUUCCCUCCCUCUGGCACAAGAGAGCAAACAGUAUGAAAAGGCUCUAUGGAGUGUUAAGGCUGUGUAAUGUUCUUAUAAUGAUUUCUAUGAUCAUAUGAUCAUUUAGCAGAACACAGUGCUAUGAACUAUUCAAUAAACCUUUGAACUUCAAAUUUC